AUGCUGGAAACUGGAACUUUGCAGAUCAAUUUUCCUAAGAAUGUCAUAGAAAAUGUGCUCAAGGAAAGAAGUGCUGAUACUUUGGUGCUCCUACAACGUCAACAUGACUUCAAAAGUCCCUUAAAAGAUGUUAAUGUUCAAGGAUUGCCUCUUCUACGACUGGAUGAAACAACUGUAGUUCCUGUUAAAUUUGUCUAUAAUAGCCAAGUAAUUGUUGUUGUUAGCAUGUCUGAAUUAGCGGACUCCAUGCUCCUUACUGUUCUGGCCAAGGAUCUGAAUCAUAUGAGGGAGGCACGGAUUAUUAUCUGGGUGCAAAGUGACGAAUCUACAGCGAUGUCAUUCUUUGAUGUCAUUAGAGAUCAAGCCAGUAAACAUGGCUUUUUAAAUCUAAUGGUGCUAUACUUAGAUCCAUUAAAAGCUCAGCAAGGGAUUGUGGGAUAUCGCCUGGAGCCAUUUCCCUCUUCAAUUUUAGUGCCUAUCAGAGACCUUACAAAUGGAGAAAUGUUUCCCGAUUUCCACCGUAACUUUCACAACAAGACAGCAAAUUUUAUACCAAGGCUAUAUACUCCAGACAGUUAUGUGAGCCAAGAUAGAAAAUCGGGAAAGUUAAAGCUAAGUGGACACACGGAUAUGCUGAUGUCAGAGUUCGCAAGAAAGCGCAACAUAAAUCUAAAAAUGAUACGACCUAUUGCGGAAUUAAAUAGAGUUACUUCAACGGAAUUAUUACAAUUGAUCUCGAACGGUGGUGCAGAUUUAACGACCUUUACUUCGGUUUGUGAUUCGAUACAAUGCACGGAUUCUGUAGAGUUUAUGCAGGUUUUUAUUGUGAUACCCUGUGGACAAGAAGUUGGCAUUGGAGAUGUCUAUAAGAGUUUAAAGAACUUUCUGGCGAUGAUACUCCUUGUAUAUUUGAUUAUUUCAAUUGUUACGACGCUAAUCGAGGCAGCAUCAUGUCGGAUAUAUAGCAGAAGAUAUAGAUUCAGCUAUAGAGAUCUCAUUGUCAAUCUGAACGCUUUCCGAUGGGUUCUUGGAUUAUCCAGCGAUGUGCAAAUCAAUCGCAGGAAUCGCUCUCUUCAUCAGAUCAUUAUGGUAAUGAGUAUUUUCAGUAUGAUUGUCGUCUGCUUCUUCGAUGCCAAUCUCAGCACUUUUCUGACUAAACGACAGCAGAUUGACAACAUUAAGACCUUCAAAGAGCUAAAGGAAUCGGGGAUACGAAUUAUAUUCGACAACGUACGCCAAGAACAUGUCUUAACAGAUAUCCGAAAAUCGUUUUUAAGGAUAUCCGAAAAUCAAAUUGAUUUCGUAUCAACAGAAGAAUUUAUGCGCAUGUUGAUGGGACUUAACACCAGCAAUGCCUAUCAAGUAUUCGAUAAAUUGUGGGAUGUUGUUAACAAAUACCAAUCGGAUUACAAGAUUGUAGUUCUAUGUCGAAGUUCCGGUCUUAAUAUCUUCGGACUUCUUCCAAAUCGCUUGGCUUUGCCGAAUAACUCAAUCUAUCUGCGUGCAUUGAAUGAUUUCAUUCAUAUGACUCACGAUUUUGGUCUCACGAAUUACUGGAGAAGGACUUCUAUUAACAACCUAAUUGCUUUUUCAAAUAGCCCUGCAGUUCUGAGCGCUAGUUCGUUGCUGGUGAAAUAA